AUGCGACACCAAUCAACCUCGCUGCGCCUCCUGGCUGCCGCCUUUCUUCUACUGUCGCUCGCUACGGCUCGACCAAAUGGCGGCCAUGAAUCCAUGGACGGAGGUAUGGAUAUGAGCUCCAAGGAUACCAUGUCAAAACCAGAGGAUGAAUGGGAGCUCAGCUACUGGGCCUAUGGUCAACAUAGCGGGUCAAUUACUGCUCACAUUGUUCUCGAGGUGCUCGCCUGGUGCUUUAUUCUGCCAGUCGCCGUAAUGCUCAGUGUCGCGCAUUCGCGAUUUACCAUUCCCACUCAAUUCGUCUUCCUAGCUGUAAAUGGACUCGGUAUCUUCUUCGGUCUGAUCUAUAACACGUCCACGCCCGAUCUGUACGUGAACAAUGCGCAUCAUAAGAUUGGUUGGAUCGCCAGCUCCGUGGUGGUCGCGCAAUUCGUCAUCGGAAUCAUCUACGCCUACUCCGGACGCCGCACCAAGAGUAUCACUAACCAGUAUCAGCGCGCCACUUUCUUGCCGGUUUCCUCGCAGAAUAUGAUGGAACACCAGCAGCUGUACUCGCCCAUGCACGAGCACGAGCACGAGUACCGGUGGUCCGGUGACAGUGGUCAGGGCACUAGCUCUCCAGCAUCCUCUACCGAGGACCACCCUCACAUGGAGAAGCCCGAGGAUGACGAAGACGAUGUUGAAGUGCCAACUCCUCUUGCUCGUGGCUGGCUGCGCAGUUCGCGCCUGGACCAAUUCUUCUCGAGUCGCGUGCCUGGCUUGGUGUCGAACCAGGUCUUGCGCGCGUUGCGCGUUGUUUAUAAUGUCAUCGAUCGCAUCAUUUUGCCUUUUGGUUUCGUUGCACUUACCACUGGUGGUGUUACUUACGGCGGUAUCUUUAAAGAUAGUGGUGUCUUCAGCGGUCUCGCUCACUUUAUCAAGGGCGGUAUCUUCUUCUGGUACGGACUUGUCGUGUUGGGUCGGUUCAUGGGAUGCUGGGCCAACUUGGGAUGGUCCUGGAACCUUAAGCCGGUGUCGUCGCGCGCUCCAAGUGGAGAAUUUGUCGAGUCCUCUCUCAUCUUCACGUAUGGCACAACGAAUGUCUUCCUGGAACACCUCGGCGGAUGGGGCCGGGAAUGGACUCCUCAGGAUCUUGAGCACGUUUCUAUCUCUGUGAUGUUCUUUGGUGCUGGAUUGUGCGGCAUGCUCCUCGAAUCAAAACGAGUCAAGAAGUGGUUGAAGCAAAGCAUUUCGGGCGUUUCGGGUCGCAGCCAAACCGUCGAGGACGAUGAAGAGAAAACCAACGUGUCCUUCAACCCGAUGCCGGCAUUAAUCAUCUUCCUUUUGGGUAUAAUGAUGGGCGGUCACGAACAGCAUCAAAUGGUCUCGACCAUGGUUCACAAGCAGUGGGGUUCUCUUCUGUCGGGCGCUGCCAUGGCGCGUGGCGUAACCUAUGUGCUUACCUACAUCAAACCGCCCACUUCAUAUUUGCCCGCCCGUCCGCCGUCGGAGUUGAUUGGUUCAUUCUGCCUGAUUUCCGGCGGUCUGAUCUUCAUGCUGAGUGCCUCGGAUAUCAUGGACGUCAUGGUCUGGUAUGAUCUCGAUGCCAUGUUCGCAUUCAACGUUGCCAUUGGCCUCAGCUGCUUCAUCAUGGCGUGGGAAAUCGUUGUCAUUGCCAUCAAAGCCUGGGCAAGCAAGAAAGAAGUCUCUCAAUCGCACAAUCGGUCGUGGUCUUCUGCCUAA